UAACUAACGAACAGUGCUACAUAAUACCAACUUAAAAAAUAUUCCCCAUUAUGUUGAUUUUAAUUUUCCAUUUUGUACUUUACAGUUCUUCACUUCACACCAUCGAAUUACUUUAUGACCGUAUAAAUUGAGUAUCCAAUCAAUUGUGACGUUAUUUUGGUAUAGUUUUAGUUGUAAUAUCCAUUAAAAACUUUAAUAUAUAAUUGAUGGAAAAAUGGAUUUAUCGAUUUUGAUAUUUAUUGCUUUAUUUAUGGUAGCCUGUUUCUCUCUAUUUUUAAUAUAUAAAUACGGAAUUAAAGAAAAAAGUUAUGAAGAAGCUGUUGCUGAACAACGUCAACAAACUAAUAGUCUUUUAGGCACGAAAUCUAAACCCAAGGAAAAGAAAAACAAGAAAUCAAACAAAAAGAAAGAAAAAUCAGUACAAGACAAUGAAAUAAAUGAAUUUGAAAAUACUGCUAAUAAAGAAAACACUCCUAAACUUCGAGUGGAAUUUAAAGAAGAGGCUGAAGAAGUUCCUAUUACAGAGGAGUUGAAAUUACCUUCAAUCAAAGAACAAAAUAAGCAGAAAAAAUCGAAAAAAGUUCGACCGAUUUUGGUUAACAAAGAAAAAUCGCCUAUAAGAAUCGCACUUGAAGUUAUUGAAACGCCGAUCGUAAAUCAUUUUGAGGAAAAUCCUCCGAAAGACGACUUCGAAUUAUUACGAUCAAACAGCAAAGACGAUAUAUUCAAACCAGAUCCCGUCAGUGAAAAAGUAACGAAAGAAAAAAAAUCCAAUGUUGAAACUAACGUUGCUGCGAAGAAUAAGAAGAAUGCCAAGCUGCAACCUAUCGAUAAUAACAAAAUUGAGAAAACGACCAUUUCCGAAGAAAAGAAAGCUGAAGAAAAAAUCACCGUCGCUGCCAUUCCAUUGGUGCCGCAAACGAAUGGUAUCGUCGUCGGUAAUCCUGGUAAAGAAAAGAAGAAAAAGAAGAGCGAAUUCAAUACCAAACAACAAUUAACUGCAGAGAGGGAUGAACUUAUAAACUCGGUGCGUAAAGCUGAAUUGUCUAAGACUGAGAUACAAUUGCUUAUUGAUCUAUUACUCAACAAGCAGCUUGAGGCCCCGGCUAUCAUCGAUGAUUGGAGCGAGGGAAAAUCCGACCCGAUCCAAAAAUUGAAAAAGCAGCUGGCAGAGAAAGAGAAGGCACUCACCGAAGAGCAUCAAGCCCUGAUUGGCGCUCAAGCGAAGCUACGUGAAAUUCGAGCUGAACAACAACUCGAGAAAUCCCAAUUGCAACAAAAGAUCCGGUCCAUGGAAGAAGCUGUUCAAACUAAACAGAUCGAAAUUCAAGCUGCAAAUAAUAGAUAUCAAGUAAACGUUCAAAAAAUUCAACAACUACAAGCCGAAUUGAAUGCAGAAAUUAUGAAAACUCACAAAUUAGUAGAAGACAAUGGUGCACUGCAGUUGCAAAUUCAACAAUAUGAAGUUAGUUUAUCUAAAGUGCAGGAAACUGAAAAUUUGAUUCACAAGAUGAAAAGUGAUUUGGAGGAAGUUUCAAAUACGAAUCAACAAUUACAACAGCUAGUAGUAGAAAAAGACCAUCAGAAUCAACAUCUUGCUAAACAAUUAACUAACAUGGAAAAAGGAUAUAAGGAUUCGAUACUAGAUUUGAAAAAACAAUUGGAAAUGUGUCGGCUGCAGGAAUCCGAUUGGAACCGUGAAAGAUCUGGCUUGAAUACGAAUUUACAAAAACAAUAUGAAGAAAAACGACAAUUGGAACAUACCAUAGCUCAGUUAAAUGAUCAAAUGUGUCUAUAUAAUAACGAAAAAACAGAAUCUGUCAAAUUAAUCGCACAGCUGAAAUCGGAGCUUCAACAAACAAGGGAAGAUUUAACUGGUUUGAGAGAAUUGUCUGAUAGCAAAACUAAACACGAAGUGGAAAUUCGUAAUUUGAGCAACGAACUUUCAUCGACCAGAAAUGAAUUGUCAUCUAGAAUUGAAGAACUUCAGCAAACAGAAAAGAAAUAUAGGACCGAAUUGGAGACAUCUAAUAAAAAGUAUAUAAUAGCACAAAAAGAGUUGGAAGAACAAAAGGCCAAAAACAAUGAGUUACGUACCAAGAACUGGAAAGUGAUAGAAGCAUUAAAUGCUGCAGAAAGCAAGAAUAAAAGUACCAAUAAUAAGCACACGGAAAUUGAUAUUAAAAAACUAUCUGCAGAUAUAAUAAACAAAGAACAGGAAUCACGUAAACAAUUUAUGGAACGCCUAUUUCCGGAUAUAGAAGAAAUCAAAAAUAUCGAUGCUAAAAAUUUGGAGCAUUCAUGUGAGAAAUUGAUCAGAGAGUACAUCAAGUCGUUGAAAGAAAACCAAAAAGAUAAAUCCUCUGAAAAAUCUGCGGAUGUGGCAAAAUUACAAUCACAGAUUCAACAUUACAAAAAAACUAUAGACGACACAGAAAGUAUUUUAAGUAAGCUACAGAAACACGUGGAACAAGAAGAGAAGAAUUGGAGAAAUCAAUUGGCUGCAAAGGAAGCUGAAUUAGAUAAUUUGAAAGAAACUUGUGUUUCACAGCUGAAGGCCAGUGUUUCAAAUUUAGAAAAACAAUUAUCCAAAGAAGUAGAUGAGAAACAGAAAUUAUUAGAAGAAACCCGGAUUUUGAAAAGUGAGAGGUUGCAAACAAAGGAACAAACCGAUUCAACAGUUAUUAUUGAAAAACUAUCUGAAGAGGUAAAUCGUUUGCGGGAACAACUUAGAGUAGAACAAACUAAAAAUGGAGAUGUAGCAGUAUGUCUUAAGUCCCAAAAUGGCAAUAGCUCAGCAAACGGACCUGCAUUUCUAGAGCACUGCCUAUCGUCAUCAUCUAGUGUUGCUUCAUCGCUUAUAGAGGAUUAUAAAAAACCUAAGAAUAAAAAAAGAAAGAAGAAGGUACCGAAUGUACGAAACUCCAACAUAUGUUCAAAUAUGGGGUGUCAGUUUUUAUACUGUGAUGGUAAUAGCUGCGGCAACAAUAUAUAAAGUCAAGAAAAAUAGAAUAAAGGCGGAGAGAAAUCAAGAUUAAAUUAUUACUGGUUAUAAACUUUCAACACUUUAAUUAAUACUUAAUUUUUAACUAUUUAAUUUACAUACAAUAUGCGUUAUCAUUCCUUGGUAUGCUGGUGCAAUAAUUCAUUGUAAUUUUUUGUUUACGAUUAAAGUAUUUCGUUGACAUUAUAAUAGUAGGAGCCCAAUCUUAAUACUGCUUACAUUAAUAUCAAUAAUAUUUCAAUACUUCUUCUGAUAUCACAAAUACCAUCUAAUACUCAAUUUUCACUUGUACAUCGAUCACUUUGGUGUCACUAUUGGAUUAUAUGUGAAUGAUCAAAGAUAGGCACUGACUGACUAAUGAUAGAAAUCAAUCGAAAGACUAGGCCAUUACGAAAACCAUUAGAAACGCUAAGUGUCAUUAACCUUGUACAACUAACAUGUUUGAUUGUAACAAGCUAAUAUCAGUCUCCGAGACCGUUAGAUGAAAAUGACACAUCGUUGGAAGGCAAAAUGUUGAUAAUGUAUCAUUCAUAGUACAAAAAAUCAUUCUUAUUAAUUAUUAUUCUCUAUCAUACAUAAUUAUAUUAGACGGAAUUAAACAAAUUACUAGAAAAUUAAAGUAAUGAACUUGAGAUAAAAACGGAAAAUUGAAAAGUUAUUAUUAUUGUAGUGUAAACCAAAAUGUGGAUUCCCUAAUCAAAAGUCUUUCAUUAUAAAAGCACAAAUUACAAUCUAUCCUGUGUACAUUAUAUAUUCUAUCACUUCUACAACGUUUAAAAAACAACUGCCUGAUUUUGACAACUAUAAAUCUUAGAACACUGAAGAAGAAUACUACACGGCUGCCAACUUUCGGUAUGUCAUUUCCCCUAACUGAUACGCGAGAAAUGAUUUCAAUUACAUUUCGGUUAUUUAGAUUUUGUCUAGUGGCAACAAUUGUCACUAAAAACGUCGAAAUUAAAUGUGCAUUAUAAACUAUUUAGAAAUUGGAAUUGAGACGAGAUAUUUUAUUAUACAGUGUGACCAAUUUAUUAAAAAAAAUUCAGUUUAUAAACUGUAAUUUUCAUAUUAAUAGUUUUUUGAAAUGUUUGUGUCUGAUUGUUUGCAGAAAUAUACAUGGUAAAUUUUUAAUUCUGGCUUUAAACUCGAUCAUACUCAUUUAUUUAGCAAAUUAUUCAUAAAUAUAUAAUUUAUACGUUUCUGGAAGAUAUUUUUAUGGAUUUUUUGCCAUUGAAGGAAACAGUAUAAUUUUUCCAGUUUUCAACAUUAAUAGAUCAAAUUCUUCUAUUUCUCAAAAAUUAAUUGAUAUUUAAUAAAAUUUAUCCUUUUUUUUUCUACAUUUUUCCUUUUAUUAGUCCAGUCAUUAAUUUUAAUUUAAUUCCUAAGUUACUCCUAACUACUGGGCGAGUCAAAAUAACUCUUAUCUUUGAUUUAGGUGAUUCACAAGUAAUUAGAAACCAAAAUAUCUCAUUGGUGAAUGUUUCCAGUAACCCGAUUAGACUUCUAUUACAAUGUUAAUAGAAAAAAAUGAUUCGAAAAGGGAUCUACUACUCAAACUUCCAUGGAAAAUCUCUUUAAAUGGUAUAUAAAGUCCAAAGUCAACUAAAACAACUUAAAAUGUCGGGGAAUCAUCUUUCUGUAUUGUAAUUACGAGUAAAAUAUUCAGGAAAGAGUAAGAUGGGAUAAUUCCAAGAUUUGAUCGCCCCAAAAAGUUUGAUACUGGAUUCAGGAAGCACUUAACAAGACUAGGUCUACCUAAAAAAGAUAGAUAUAGAUACUGUGGAGAAGAAAUUCUGGAUUAUGUAGUUACAGAAAAUCCUUCCACCAUAAUUCAACAUAGAACCUUCAAAAUACAAAAUAAAAUUACUAUUUUGUUAAGGAAAUAGUUAAAAAUGAGAUUUUAUCCUAUCAACAUUAUUUUUAUUCUACUUUAAGGUCUAAUAUUUAAAAAAUUAUAAAAAUACAAAAUUAAUAGUUUAAAUAUUACCUUUGUACAGGUAAUAAUCAGUAUAAAUAAAUAGAUGGAGACUUGUCGUAUAUUGACAAUGGGUAUUAAAAACACCCUGUGAAUAAUAAAAAUGUUUUUGGUUAUAGCGAGAUUAAGAAUGGACUCCUAAUAGCAGGCUUAUAUAAGACUUAUGAUUUAAUACUUGUAUCUGUGAGAUUGUUAAAUAAGUUCGUGUGUAAAAAAUGAAAAGAA